GUGGCAGAGGAGGAGUACCUGCUACAGGAGUUGCGCAAGAUUGAGGCCCGGAAAAAGGAGCGGGAGAAACGCAGCCAAGACCUGCAGAAGCUGAUUACAGCAGCAGACACCACCGCAGAGCAGCGUCGCACAGAACGCAAAGCUCCUAAAAAGAAGCUACCCCAGAAAAAAGAGGCCGAGAAGCCGGUGCGGAGGUUGAGCUCAGGGUGGAAGGCUGUUCCUGAGACUGCAGGCAUCAAGUUUCCAGACUUUAAGUCAGCAGGUGUCACCCUGCGGAGCCAGCGGAUGAAGCUGCCAAGCUCUGUGGGUCAGAAGAAGAUAAAAGCCCUGGAACAGAUGCUACUGGAGCUUGGCGUGGAGUUGAGCCCAACCCCCACAGAGGAGCUUGUGCACAUGUUCAAUGAGCUGCGGAGUGACCUGGUAUUGCUCUACGAGCUUAAGCAGGCUUGUGCCAACUGCGAGUACGAGCUGCAGAUGCUGCGGCACCGGCAUGAGGCACUGGCCCGGGCAGGUGUGCUGGGGGGCCCAGCCACAUCAGCAGUGGGCCCAGCUCCAGCCUCUGCUGAGCCUGCAGUGUCUGAACCUGGACUUGGCACUGACCCCACCAAGGACACCAUCAUCGAUGGUGGUGCACCCCUCACGCCGAAUUCGCGGAAGCGACGAGAAUCAGCCUCCAGCUCUUCUUCUGUGAAGAAAGCCAAGAAGCCAUGAGAGGCCACUGGGGUGUGGGUGGUGCUGUGGUGUAAAUAGAGCUGCUGAGUUGGACU